AUGCCUAAAGCAAUACGUAAAAUGCUUGAAAAUGGAUAUUCUUACGACGAACCCGAUCGAAUGCCGAACAAUAUAAAUAUAACAUAUCUUGAUAUCUUCAUGUAUGUUGUUGCCAUUGUGGGCCAUUUUAUAGACUUAGGAUUAGACAUAAAUGUUGCCGUACAGUAUUGCUUAUCUCGUAAGAUGAUGGAAUUUGGUUGGACCUUGGUUUUUAUACUUUUACCGGCAUUUGUGAAUACAGCUGUUUCUGUUCGAAUGUACUCUCAAGACAAGCAGCAAGAUUCAUUAAGUAAUGAGUUCACAAAGAGAAAAUGGCUUCGAAUAUUCAUACUAGUACUUCAAAUGGCACCUAUUCUACGAUUUGCUGAUGCUCUCAUCUAUGCAAUCAAAUCUCGUCGAGCUGCCCAUAAACAUGAUCAGGCAUCCCAGAGAAUGUACUAUAGUUUAAUGCUAAAAGAGGAUUCAGAUGCAGCAUUACUUCGAAUAUUUGAAUGCUUUUUAGAAGCAGCCCCACAACAAGUUUUACAGACCAGUUUACUGUUGCGACAGUAUGAUCAGCUGGCUAUACACCAACUGCUAUCUAUCUGCUCAUCAAUUGUGGGCAUGGGAUGGUGUCUUGCAGCUUAUCAGCGAGCCGUGCGAUACGCACAGCAAAAUAAAAACAAUAUUACGUGGUAUGGCACUGCAUUACAAGUGGCCUGGCAUUUCUUGGUUACAUUGAGCCGAAUCACAUCAAUAUCAAUAAUAGCCUACCUCUUUCCUUACUGGACUGUUCUUGCCUGCACUAUACAUAUUCUCAUCAUGACAACUUGGUUACAAUUAGUUGACCAAUCAACAUUUUGCUCUCAAAAUAAAUUAGCUGAAUUCUUUUUCUCUCUAGCAUUAGGAGCAGUAUACUUAUUUACAUAUAUUUUACCAGUUGAAGGCCGCACAAGAUAUAGAUAUGCCUUAUACUACACUAUAUGUGGAAUACAAAAUGUUAUAUGUGGUAUAUUAUGGUUUUUAUUUGUAGAUGAGGAAAUGAGAAUAUCAAUAUAUUUUUAUCCAGUUCUAGUUACAAGCAUUAUUCCAUACAUGUUAGGUUUAGUCUUUAUGUUGAUGUACUAUGGAUGCUUCCACCCAAAAGUUAGUGUUACUUUAUCGGUUUCUUUUAAAGGUGAUGAUGUGGAAGUAAGUUAA